UUUGUCCUCACCGUUUUCGACUCCAAAAAACGGGUGUGGCCAGGCCUGCGGAGGAGAUGGAAGUGCUGGCUACCGGCUACAGAGGCCGCCAGAACUCCCUCAUAUACUUCUGUCCUCCAUCUCCGUCCCAGCACGUCGUGUUCUUCCAAGGUGACAUGCAGGACAAGAUGGCGAACAUGAUGGUGCACCGGGCGGAGAUCUCGCCCCGCCAGUUGGUGGAGGUGAGCCGCUGGAGCGAGUGGUGUCUGGAGAACACGUGCUCCCUCCUCCAACGCAAGUUCCCGGGUUCCGCCGUGUGGCUGGUCCGACCGUGCCGCAUGCUCCGGAAACUCUUCAGCGCCUUUCACAACUUCGUGGAGUCUUCCAUGACAGGCGUUCCCGCCUACUCCACUCACCACGGAGCCCUUCUCCAUCUCCACCAUCUCCUGGCAGAUGCCCUGGCAAAAGUAAACGAGAGAACCCCUCUCAAACUUACAGUUGAU